AUGACUAACCGUAUCGUCGUGGUCACCAAUCAUUAUUUCUUGAUGGAGAGCACUACGAACACAUACAAGUUCCAUGAGAUCGAGACGUUCAUCGAGGGCCGUUAUAGGUUGCCGCGCGGCCCACGAAUUCCAUUAGCCAGCGACAAAGGGCGAAAACGAAAAAUUGUCGACUUUAUCGCGCCAAACGAUCGCGAGAUUCUGGUCCUGCUUGAAUACUUGCGCGGCCUUGCCGGGUUGCCGAAGUACUACUAUGAUUUGCGCGAGCCGGAUGGUGAUGGCACCUAUUCUCUGCAAAUGAAAUACCAGACGAUCAAAUACGGCUUCGGUUCUUUCACCUCAAAAACGGUGAACCUAUGGUUCCCAGCAACUCGGUUGACCCAUCUACAACCUCCGUUGAUUAACCACAAGGUUGACAAAAUUGUUACAUGGCCGGUAGAUGAACAUGGAUUUAGCUUGAUUGCGGCGAUCGGACCGGCGCUAACGUUGAUGGUGUAUCAGCCGGAGUUCGAGAAACUAACGGUCGUGAAUGAGCAUUAUCCCCGCUACCCUUGCGUUGAUGUGGCAUUUACAGGUGUCCAUGAGGCAGCCAACAAAAACAAAUUCCUUGGCGCUUGUCAUAUCAAAGGAUAUAUAAUCCUGGCCACGCAGGCCGACGUCGAAAUUUUGGAAUUUUAUUUGGGCGGACAGCCAAAUGUCCCGUCCUGCGGAUCUGCUGGUCCGCCGCAGCCACGUGAAGACGUGGAAGUCGCGAUUGUUUCCAGAAGCAUUUUCCAUAUUGAAUAUUUCCAACAAGGCAUCUUCCAUGUAUUUUACGCGGCCCAGAGCCCGACGAACGCAGACGUUUACUUUAUUGGAAAAAUCUGCGUCAACGUGAGGCAAACGGAGCCAUACAUCCACGACGAUGAGCGCGUGCAAUGCCCAGGCUCGUUCGAACCGGGGCAACAAUUUAAGCUGCUGCUCAAACGCAACCCGGACGAAAGCGAGUCCUUCGAAUUUGUCAAAGAGGUGGCCGCGUUUGAGGCAAUUGAAGAUCGCGGAAAAUUAUAUUCGUUGCGGUGGCAGGAUACCUAUUAUACGGUAAAAACACGCAUGGUCGACGCAAUGUUGCAACGGGCGAGUACGAUCGAAGCGGAUGGUGGCCCGACCUUCUUCCUCCACAAAAAAGAUGGUGAAUUUGGUUGGCUGUUGGCCAAAAAAUCUAAUGGGAGCCCGAAUUUCUUCCCAGAUAAAUGCCUAACAGCAAGGGCCACGCAAGCCAAAUUCGGGAAAUGGGCACCGAUCUUACGG